AUGCCAAUUCCCGAGACCAAGCCCGCUUCUUCGUCUCCACUCCCGACUACGCCAUCUACCGCCGUCACUCCGGACCCUGGCGCGCCGCCUAUCAAGCGCCGAGCUCCUAUUGCUUGCCGAAGAUGUCGGCGGAUGCGCAGCAAAUGCAUCCAUGACAAGGCAGCUCCUCCUUGCAAGUCAUGUCGAGAAGCGAACGUGUCGGAAGAAUGCGUCUUCCCAACCCGCGGCGACUCGGACCAAGACCGGUCAUUCCGCCACCCGCGCCGGCGGGCCGACAAAAAGGCCAAGACGACGACGACGACCGAAGUCAAAGUCAAGAAAGAGCUGCCCAUCACCACCACCACCACCGCUCACCUCAUCCGCGGCGGCCCCUCUGACUUCUUCAAGCCCCCCAAGCUCGAAAACGACUGGACGCUGCUGCCGAGCGUCGACGUCGUCGUCGACGGCAUCAACACCUUCACGCGGAACUACUACCAGCUGGGGUUCAUCCCGAAGAAGCGGUUCCCGAGGCAGGUGCGGGACAACCCGUCGUCGAUGAGCGCGUUCCUGCUGCUGAGCAUCCUCGCGAUCUCGGCGCGCUUCGACGGGACGCUGCGCGGCGGCGACGGCCUCGACGCCGCCGCGGAGUUCAUGCGCAAGGCCCAGUUCCUCGCCGUCCACGAGCUCUACCAGCAGCCGACGCUUGAAAGGUGCCAGGCGUUUUAUCUCCUGAGCAUUGCCGAGCAGGGGUGCGGCAAGUCGAAUACUAGCUACAUCAGCGCAGGUAUCGCGUUCCGAAUGGCUGCUUUGAUGCGCCUCCAUCGCGAGGAGGCGUAUAGCCCGAUCACGUCGCAGUCGCCCGUGGAACAUCGUGUAAGGGCCGAGUCUGCGAGACGCACGUUUUGGAUGCUACAUAGCCAAGACAACCUCAGCUCCGGCCCCUACAAACCCCUCUCCCUCGCACCCAACGACAUCACCGCGCUCCUCCCCAGCAGCGAAGCCGAGUUCGAAGCCGGCUCCGUGCCCGAGCGGCGGUCGGCCCUCGAGGGGACCCCGCCCGCGAUCCAGGACCCCUCUCUCACGUCGCUGAACCCGCGGUCACUCUUCGCGUCGCUGAUGCAGGUGCACAACCUCUGGGGCAUCGUCGCGCGACGCGUGCUAUUUAAUAAAAAACGCGGGAGGCCGAAUGAUGGGGGCAGUGAGUACGGGAAGCUGAAUAGACGGUUGUUGGAGUUCGAGAGGAAUCUGCCGAACGAGCACACGUUUAAUGUGCUGCUGUUGCGGGGGUACGAGAGCUUUGCUGAGGAUUUGUCGUACCUAGGCCUCACGGGCUGCAUGCGGCUCUGCCACAUUGUGCUCCGGAAGGAGAUGAUUCGAUUCGCCGAGGGGAAUCCCUCGAACCCCGAGGUCAGGUUCUACAAGGACAUGGCGGCGGAACUGUUCUUCAACGUCAGGAAGCUGUACUCGCAAAUCGAGGCCCACUACGACGAGGGGUUCGGAAUAGACAAGAUCGGCUCUCAGAUGGCAGGCUUCAUUAUAUAUGGCUGCGGAUUACUGGCCUCGUAUUUGUGCAAAUUUCCUCAAUUGGACGCCCACCACGCCGGACAAAAUCUCGAAACGAUACAGGCGGAAGGCCGCAAGAUGUACACCCACAUCGUGACCGUGCUGCGCGGAUGCCAGAAGGCGUGGCCGCUCGCCGAGACCUGGUGCAAUGGGCUGGAGAAGUGGUACGAGGAUUCGAAUCCAAAGAGGAUAUCAUUCCAAGCCGGUACCAUGACCGAUGGAAAGGAACCUCAACCCUACGCCCUCAGCGUCAUGCACCCCCGCACCACCACAAGCGGCGUGCAAUCCGAAGCCCUCGACUUCAAUCGUGUGCGCUCGACGCCCCCGACAACCGCAGCAGCGCACACAGAGGAGCAUCAGCAACAACAGCAGCACGCGAUAGCGGCAGCAGGGUAUCAGGAACCGCCCCAGCACCACCGACUCGCGCCCUUGCAGCAAACCAAAGCCACCGGGACCGCGGGCUAUGCGCCCUUGCAGCCCGUAUGUCUACCACCGCUAUCGCAACAAGCGCCAGCGUACGGGACGGCGACGGCGACGGCAUCGACGAGCACAAGUACGCACCGCCAGCAGCAGCUGCUGAACGUUGCGCCGCACUCUCACCCUCCCCCUUACCCCCUCCUCUCUCCCUCUUCUCCUUUCCCGCACCACCAACACCACCACCAGCAGCAGCAUAACCACAACCAACAUCACAACAGCUACUACCCCACCACCCCCCUCGACCUAACCAUCGCAUCAUCCGCCCACCACCCACACGCAUACCACCAACCCCACCCAACAACAACCCCAACCCCAACCCCAACCCCAUACUACACCCCCUCCCCCUCAACAGCCAACCCCCACAUCGGCGAAGACCAAGGCGUGGAAGAGGUAGACGACGACCUCCCCCCGGCGCUCCAGGCCUCGCUCAACGACGGCUUCGACAGCAACCUGCAGAUGCUGGUGGACGGGGCGGGGGCGCAGUGGACGGCGGCGACGGGGACGGACGAGGCCGGGGGUGGCGCGGGCGCGGGCGGCGGAGGCGUGGUCAUGUAUGCUGCGUAUGAGAUUCCUAGUUAUUUGCCGCAGGGGUGA